CAUCCGAUGGCAUGCCUGUGAAACGAAACUACGCAAGAGAGGCAGCCCCUCGGCUGAUGUGCCGCUUCGGUCUAAAAGCCUGCUUCAAGCCUCGUUCCACGUGAUUGUCUGUUCAGAAAGAAAUUCACUUCACAAUCUAUCGACUUUAUCAUUAGUAUUCAAAUCAACAGUUCGUACAGUAUCUCAUACGGAAGGAGUUCCUUACAGUACCAUGGAGUCAAAAGCCGAUGACCGGCAGCCCUUCUUAGGGUUUCGAGAUGACCCAGCUGCGCGAGAUUCAAUAGAGGACAGCGAGAUGGCAAUUGUCACUCCUGAUGAUCAAAAAGUCACGCAAAGCGGAUCUCAGAGAAGCAGGCUUUUCCGCGAUGCCGCGGUAUCUCUCGCAACAUCAGCUGUUUGGGCCGUGAUUUUCUUUCUUUUCAUGCACAAUACACGCAGCAGCUCAUUGCGCAACAUGGGCAGCAAGAACGCUAUAUCCGGCGACUACCUGGCAGCAUUCCACAACGUCACAUCAGCCGCACAAUAUAUCUCAUGUGGUAACUCAACCGCUGAGGCAAAAAGGAACGGGUGCAGAUAUGAUACACUGUUGAAUUAUUGGGUUCACGAACGGUGCUUCGACCAAGAGUUCGAGACAGAAUACCAGGAUGACGAUAGCUGGGCUGCAUUUGCGGACCGCAACUUAUCGGAGCGCAUUGCACCGGAAGACAUGGGUGACCAGGAGAUUUAUUAUACCUCGAUACGCGACCACUUGAAUCAUUGCUCAAUGCUAUGGAAGAAGCAAUUCUGGACACUGUUCGAGGACCGAGCUGCGUUCGACGGUGUGAUUGUCAAUUCCUUCCAUACAGAGCAUUGUGCAGACUUUCUCAAGGAUAUGUACGGCUCAGACCGGACGGAACCAACACUUGUAAGAGUCGGCUUUUCAGGAUGCUGGGUAAAAGAAUAGAACGCAGUUCUAGAGUAGGAGUGGAUUUAAAUAUAUAAGUUGAAGAUCAUCUUCAAG